AUGCCCCUCCGUUCUCACCAUGGCUGUGUUCGGUGCAAACGGCGCCGCCAGAAAUGCGACGAGCAGAAACCCGCUUGUGGGCGCUGUCGCCAAGCGGAGGAGAUGUGUGACUAUUCAGUCAUUCUCAAAUGGAAUGGCCGAGUCCCCAGGGAUCCCAAGCCAUCGAAAAGGAAACAGCCUGUCGAAAAACCGGUGGCUGAAGCGAGCCGCCCCCAGCUUCCUGACCAUAAUAAUGACCCGGAGCCUCAACACACGGAUCUCGUCCAUUGUUCACCCGGACUAGAUGCAUGGUCUGCCCUCUCGUCAAAAACUAAACUACUUCUCCACCACUUCAUCAACAGCGCCUCCAUGAUCUCAAGCCACACCCACAUACGCGACCAAAUAUGCCGACAGAUCCUCCCCCUAGCGCACCACUCUUCCUCACUAAUGUACGCGACCAUGGCUCUAUCAGCACUCCAUCGCUUCACACUCCUCAAUAACCUUCCAAACCAAUUCGUCCCUGAAGAAACAGUCUCAUACUACAUGUCUGCGAGUAUCCGCCAUCUUCGCGAAGAGCUACAAACUCAGAAUCACCCGAAACAGGCCCUUCUCCAUACCAUCAGGACAUUAUGCCAUUGCGAGAUAUAUUCGGGAAAAGCAGACUCCUCAUGGCGUGUCCAUGUUAACGGCGCAAGGGUGAUUUUUGAAUCUUCGGAUCCGAAAGAUAUCUGGGCGGAUCCAGAGCCUAGUCGCUGGUUAUGGGCUAGAUGGUGUCUAUCUAUUCAAGCGCUGACAGCUGUGACGGAUCUCGGACUGCCUCCGAAACCAGGAGCCCAGGACUUGGUCCGCCAGGCUGUGCAUGAGAAGCCGCUGUUGGAUAUCUAUACUGGAUACUCGGCAGACCUCAAUGUGGCGUUUAUGGAAAUCGGGGCUGCGGCGUGGAAACGGCAGGCUCUCGACAGUGAACUGACGAGCGACGAUACAGCUGAGGCAGAAUUACAAAGAGAAGCCUGUCGUCUGGAGAGCAUGGUGCAGGACAUGAUCCGGAGAGACAGUGAGGAGGGACUACGUGUCCCUUCCCAUUUGUCUCUCAGUGAAAAUAAUCUCCGGCAAUUCAGCGCUUGUAAUGCGGCAUAUCAGUAUUCGGCCCUCGUGCAUCUCUACAGGCGUGUUCGGAGGAUGAGAUCGUUCUCCGUUGAGGUGCAAGAGUGCGUGAGGAAAAUCCUGGACGUUGUGUGUGGCAUCCUCCCGGUCGAGGCACUCUCGCCUUGGGUCCUUCUUGCUACUCCCAUUUACACAGCUGGGUUAGUUAUUCCGAGUCCAGUGGGAUUGAUAUGA